CCGUGCUAGGGGGCAGCACUUCAAUCCUCAGCUCCUCGCCGCCGUUUCUCCCGGAAGCAUCUGCUGCUAGGCCAGGCGGGAGGUGCAGUCAGAUGAGCAGCUGGUUACUAGGAGCCUACGGCCUGCUGCUAAAGACGGGUGACUCCAGCCCAGGCCCCGAGCCCCGGUAACGGGCGCUCUCUCCUCACUCAGGUAUCUCCGUUCCCGCAGGCUCGGGUCGCCCCAAUGCCAGAGCAGGGUCCCAGGAUGAACGGCUUCUCUCUGGGGGAGCUGUGCUGGCUCUUCUGCUGUCCGCCAUGCCCCAGCCGUAUCGCCUCCAAGCUGGCCUUCCUCCCACCGGAGCCGACCUACACCGUCCGGGAGACCGAGGCCCCGCCCGGAACAGCAGCCCCGCGGGAGGACGCGCCUCCUCCGCCGCCGCCACAGCAGCAGCAGGGGGAUGCGGCCUGCUCGUCUGCCCCGUGCAGCCUGCACCUGUCCGAGCGGGCGGACUGGCAGUACUCGCAGCGGGAGCUGGAUGCCGUGGAGGUGUUCCGCUGGCGGACCGACCUGGGCAGCUGCCUGGGCUGCAUGUACGUGCGCUGCGCCCCCGGCAGCCGGUACACCUUGCUCUUCUCGCACGGUAACGCCGUAGACCUGGGCCAGAUGUGCAGCUUCUACAUCGGGCUGGGCUCCAGGAUCAACUGCAACAUCUUCUCGUACGAUUACUCGGGCUACGGGGUGAGCAGCGGGAAGCCCAGCGAGAAGAACCUGUACGCGGACAUCGAGGCGGCCUGGCACGCCCUGCGGACCCGCUAUGGCGUCAAUCCAGAGAAUAUCAUCCUGUACGGUCAGAGUAUAGGCACUGUUCCCACUGUGGACCUGGCUUCUCGAUAUGAAUGCGCAGCUGUCAUUCUUCACUCCCCUCUGAUGUCUGGCCUUCGGGUUGCGUUUCCUGACACCAGGAAGACCUACUGCUUUGAUGCGUUUCCUAGCAUUGACAAGAUCUCCAAGGUGACAUCCCCUGUACUGAUAAUUCAUGGAACUGAAGAUGAAGUCAUUGAUUUCUCCCAUGGCUUGGCCAUGUAUGAGCGCUGCCCACGGGCAGUAGAACCUCUAUGGGUGGAAGGAGCUGGGCACAAUGACAUAGAGCUGUAUGCGCAAUAUCUGGAGAGACUAAAGCAGUUCAUAGCGCAUGAACUUCCCAACUCUUGAGAGCUUUCUUUGGUCUUACCUCAGUUACUGUGAAUGGCAGAAACGACAAGUCUGAGAAUUAGUUUCCUCCAAGGUGCUGGGCAUCUGUUGACGCAGUCCAAUAAUUCCCCACGUGGGUUCGAUUUUGCUGAUGGAGCAUCCAGUAGCACCUGUCUUUAUUUUAAUUUCAGUGUACAAUCAGCUGCUGUAACCUAAUCCCAGCCUUUUCAAGAGACCAAAAGAUCCUGAAAUGCUUUUUUUCUAGAGCACUGUUUAUAUUCUGGAACUUGUUUACACAACAUCGUUUUCAAUACUUCAACAUUCUAUUGCCAGUCAAGCUCUGGACCAGCUGGCUUUACAAAUGGUCUUUUGGAUCCGACGUAUGAUUGCAGCUGAUAAUACUGUUGUUCAUUCUCAGACAAGGAUUUUUUUUUCAAUGAGACAAGUUUUGCUUAUUCUGUAUCUGGUAUAGAUGUGAUAUUGUGAUGAAACAUCGUCUUUAAGAUUAUCCAC